AUGAGGAAGUCAUCGCCAUCAACCAGGGAUACGUCAAGUAGAAGUAAUUUCAGAAGAAACGAUGGAGAUAGGUCGCAUAGAAGGGAACAUUAUGAUCCAUAUUAUCCACGAGGAAGUCGUGAAGGCACACGAAGGAAUAAUCAAUAUCGGCAUAGAUCACCACCAGCAAAGUUGUCACGGCAUUGGAUAAAUUGGGGAAUAGGGUCAAAUGGCCGGAAAAAUGAAAUCGGAUCUAAGCAAAGAAAUCUAGAACAUUUCUGUGAAUUUGACAAAGGACAUGGUCAUAAGACUGAGGAUUACCAUGCAUUGCAAUUAGCAGUUGCCGAUCUCCUAGAGCAAGGACAUUUGACGGAGUUUCUUUCGGAGAAAGCCAAACAAGCAUAUUAUAGGAACAGAGAGCAAGGAGCGCCGUCACCACUUCCCGAGCCAAAACGAUUGGUUAUUUUAUUUACAGGUGGUGCAAAUAUUAAUAUUACAGGAGGGAUGGGCGUUAACAAAAUUACUUAUACUUUAGGCGUGAAGUUCAAAAGGAUAACAACCCGAAGUGAAAAGAGGGAUAGGCUGGCUCUUAUUGAAGAUUGUAUCACCUUCGACGAGGUCGAUGCCGAUAAUAUGCAAUUCCCGAAUAAUGAUGGGUUAGUAGUUGCUUUACGUAUUUUAGAUACUGAUAUUAAGCAUGUUUUUGUUGAUCAAGAAAGUGCUGCCAACAUCAUAAACAUUAGGGUCAUAGAGGAGAUAAAAUUGAUGAGCAAAAUAACCCACAAAUCUGUCAUGCUCAAUGGGUUCAAUAAUUCAACAGAAAGAACUCUGGGUGAAAUCAUUUUACAAGUGGUAGCGGGCGGAGUAGAGUUACAAACUAACUUUUCGAUUAUGUCCUCAGCAAUGGCUUACAAUAUGAUAGUUGGACGUCCCUAG